UUCUGAGCGGCGGUGAAUGAUUUCCCCCGGGGCGGUGCUGGACCUCUCUGCCACCCACCUGAGUCCGCGGUUGCACCGCCCAAGCGGGCAAACCUGCCAGCGCUGCCGGGGCACCGGGGACCAUGGCCACGGAUUCUUGGGCCCUAGCAGUGGACGAGCAGGAAGCCGCCGCUGAGUCGUUGAGCAACUUGCAUCUUAAAGAGGAGAAAAUCAAACCAGAUGCCAAUGGUGCUGUUGUUAAGACCAGUGCUAACACAGAGAAGACAGAGGAAGAUGAGAAAGAGGACAGAGCUGCUCAGUCUUUACUCAACAAGCUGAUCAGAAGCAAUCUUGUGGAUAACACCAACCAAGUGGAAGUCCUGCAGAGGGACCCGAGCUCCCCGCUCUACUCAGUGAAGUCCUUCGAGGAGCUUCGCCUGAAACCACAGCUUCUCCAGGGAGUCUAUGCCAUGGGUUUCAACCGCCCUUCCAAGAUCCAGGAGAAUGCACUGCCUUUGAUGCUUGCUGAGCCCCCACAGAACUUAAUUGCCCAGUCUCAGUCUGGUACUGGGAAAACAGCUGCCUUCGUGUUGGCCAUGCUCAGCCAAGUAGAGCCUGCAAACAACCAUCCCCAGUGUCUCUGCCUCUCUCCAACCUAUGAGCUGGCUCUUCAAACAGGAAAAGUGAUUGAGCAGAUGGGCAAGUUUUACCCUGAACUGAAGCUAGCUUAUGCUGUUCGAGGCAAUAAAUUGGAAAGAGGUCAGAAGGUGGGUGAGCAGAUUGUCAUCGGUACCCCUGGGACCGUCCUGGACUGGUGCUCCAAACUGAAGUUCAUUGACCCCAAGAAGAUCAAGGUGUUUGUUCUGGACGAGGCUGAUGUGAUGAUAGCGACUCAGGGCCACCAAGACCAGAGCAUCCGCAUCCAGAGGAUGCUGCCCAGAAACUGCCAGAUGCUGCUUUUCUCUGCCACCUUUGAAGACUCAGUGUGGAAGUUUGCCCAGAAGGUGGUCCCAGACCCCAACAUCAUCAAGCUGAAGCGUGAAGAAGAGACGUUGGACACCAUCAAACAGUAUUACGUCCUUUGCAAUAACAGAGAGGAGAAGUUCCAGGCCCUGUGCAACCUGUAUGGGGCCAUCACCAUCGCCCAAGCCAUGAUCUUCUGCCAUACCCGCAAAACAGCUAGCUGGCUGGCGGCAGAGCUCUCCAAAGAGGGCCACCAGGUGGCCCUGCUGAGUGGAGAGAUGAUGGUGGAGCAGAGGGCUGCUGUGAUCGAGCGCUUCAGAGAAGGCAAAGAGAAGGUUCUGGUGACCACCAACGUGUGUGCCCGUGGUAUUGAUGUUGAACAAGUGUCUGUGGUCAUCAAUUUUGACCUUCCUGUGGACAAGGACGGGAACCCAGACAAUGAGACCUACCUGCACCAAGACAUUGGGCGACAGCGCUUUGGCAAGAGGGGCCUGGCAGUAAACAUGGUUGACAGCAAGCACAGCAUGAAUAUCCUCAACAGAAUCCAGGAGCAUUUCAAUAAGAAGAUAGAAAGAUUGGACACAGAUGACUUGGACGAGAUCGAGAAAAUAGCCAACUGAGAAGCUUCUCCAUGGGCUGGCGCCACCCUCAGCACUCCCUGCCUGGGACUCCAGUGCUUUCAUGGCAUAGGCCUUGACAGGCACCUCAAAGACCAAGGUCUGAGUAGAGACUACCUACCUCAUUCGGAAUUACGUUUGGACUUGACAGAAAUUUGUGCAAAUGAUGAGGGAUGGUAGAAAAUUUGUUUACACAACUUUGGAAGAUUAGGCAUGAAUGAAUACACAGAAAUUUACCUUUUACAAGUCCCGUCUUUUUUUUUUUUUGGACAGAAUUUCCCCAUCUUUACACUAAUCUAGACAAUACGCCAAGGAUUCCUUACGUCAGAACUUAGCUGUGUGUGACUUGGAGUGUUCAGGCCAGGCCUGUGCAAGUAGCCGCACAGUAGUACAAGAAAGGCAGAGUCCCCAGGUAGGAGAAGGAUGUGUCAGGAAGGUAGCACGAGGUAGUUGUCCUGUGGACUGCUGUGCAGGACGUGGUGUGCAGUGGCUGAGCUGGAUGGAUGGUGCCAGACCCCGCUGACACUCUUUAGGAAACGACUUGUAUGCUGGACCAAAUGCCUUUGGGUCCCCCUCUCUCUCUGUUGAGCUUUGUGCCUCAGGAAUGUGAUGUUCUUUCCAGCAGGCAGCAGUCGUGUGCAGUGCAAAUCUGGUAUUGUGAGUUCUCGGCUCAUACUUCAGCAAGACCUGUGUGGCAGUUGUCAGAGGAUUAGUGGUACCUUGGCUUACACCUAGUUCAUGGGGACUUGAACCAUUGUUUUUACAUCUGUAACAUCACUUUGACUGUUAGUCGUCCCAGGCAAAUAAAAGGGUACCUGAGAUCUGGAUUUUAAGUGAGUACUGUAGCUUCAAGUUUCUGAUGGGCAAGCAGCCUUGAUCUGAGCAGUUGCCAAAAAUCCUUGCUUUGUUGGUGGUUCCCAAAGACCAGUCCUGUCAGGGCUAGGGGUGAUUACAGACACUGAGCAUUGUGAGUCUACAGGGAUUCUCAUGGUCUGUGUUCACAGUGCCUGGAAUGAAUACAAGUGAGUGUGAUGAGGGGCAGAUGGACCACAGCCAUUUGUCUGUCCAAGACAGAGUAAUCGCCAUGCGUUUGCUCCUUCUUCCCUUAGCACCUGUCAGUAGAAUAGUAAAGCAAACAAUAGGAACAGAAUUUGUCACAGUUAGGUCAUAGAUACCCUGAGUGACGCAAACGGAAAGAUCGAGAAGCAUCCUCUCAUGGGGUGAGUCCUCUCUCUAGGGCCUGUUUUGUUUUGUUGCAUGUAUGUGUUUGCUGGGACUCAAAGCCAGAGCCCUGUGGUCUGUAAUGUAAGCACGUUACACUUAACCAUUAUUCCCAGCCAUGGUAGAAGAAUUUUGUGAUGAGAGGUAUUGAUCCCAGAUCUUCUUAUCUGUGUUCAUGUAUCUUAAGGCCAGCUCUGUCACCUGGGAAAGGAGAGUGCCAUGGCUACCACCUGGGGGUGGCUCAGUGUCACAGAGAAACCAACAGCCUGCCAGUUCUCUACUUUCUCCAGUGGGUAUUUGAAUAGAAUUCUCUGUGCGCUUUUGGCCAACUUUGAUCUUAGGAGUCUUAAAAGGAGAGAAUAAACUUUCUCU